CUGGGGUCCUCCAACUCCGAGCGAGUCCACACGCCGCUCCAAGCUUUUACGCACGGAUGUGCUCCUGUGGAGUUACUCACAAGUUUAGUUUCAUCUGUCUGAGCCGAGUCGCCUUGUUCCAAAUUACUUUUCUAUCAUCUGGACGCUUUCCCAGAAUUCCUUUGAGAUUUAUAGUUUAAAUUUUUUUUUUUUUUUUUAUGUCAUUCGACUGAUUCCAGCAAACAGAUGCAGUAAAAAUCUGGAGGAGAACUAUGUCGUGUGCCUUAUUGAAGUGCUUCGUCCUGGCGCUGUGGAUGAGCGCGCACAGGCUGCUGGCGGAGCCCCCGGUGGCCCCCCGGGCCGGGCAGGGGGAUGGAUCCGGGGACAGCGCCUCCACCCUGGCCUUUGUGUUCGAUGUCACAGGCUCCAUGUACGACGACCUGAAACAGGUGAUUGAGGGAGCCUCGCGGAUCCUGGAGAAGACCUUGAGCCGGAGGACCAGACCCAUCAAAAACUUUGUCCUGGUUCCCUUUCACGACCCAGAUAUUGGCCCUGUGUCCAUCACCACCGACCCAGAGAAGUUCCAGAGGGAUUUGCAGGAGCUGUUUGUCCAGGGCGGGGGUGACUGCCCCGAGAUGAGUAUAGGAGCCAUAAAAAAGGCCUUGGAGGUUUCCCUUCCUGGAUCCUUCAUCUAUGUCUUCACCGACGCCAGGGCCAAAGACUACCGCCUGAAAAGAGAUGUUCUGCAGCUGGUGCAGCUCCGUCAAUCACAGGUUGUAUUUGUGUUGACGGGGGACUGUGGGGACCGCUCCCAGCCCGGUUACCGGGCGUACGAGGAAAUCGCCGCCACCUCCUCUGGACAAAUCUUUCACUUGGACAAGCAGCAGGUCAACGAGGUUUUGAUGUGGGUAGAAGAGACAGUUCAGGCGAUGAAAGUCCACCUGCUGUCCUCCAACCAUGACAGUGCCCAGGAAAACAAAUGGGAAGUGCCUUUUGACCCGAGCCUGAGAGAGGUCACUGUGUCACUCAGUGGACCGGCGCCACAAAUAGAGCUAAGCGAUCCCUCUGGUCAAGUGGUUGGUCUGGAGCAGGGACUGAAAGAGCUAUUGAAUAUUCCUAACUCUGCUCGUAUUGUCAACCUUAAGUUUCCCCGACCUGGAGCCUGGAGACUCAAGGUAAGCUGCAGUGGGCGUCAUACUCUCAGGGUUACAGGGGUCAGCAAUCUAGACUUCCGGGCUGGCUUCUCCACCGUUCCCGUUUCAGAGUUCAGCCACACCAGAGAGAGACCAGUUAAAGGCCUUCCGACUCACGUCAUGCUGAAAUGUACAGGCCUGAAGCCGCCUGGUUAUCUGAGCAAUGUGGAGCUGAUGUCAGGCUCAGGUCGUUCCCUACGCACCAUCCCCGUUCCUCUGCCCUCUGACCUCGGCCAGCAGGGGUUGUGGAGUCUCCCGGAGUUCCGCACCCCUCCGCAGAGCUUCUUCAUCAAAGUAACGGGCGAAGAUACAGAGGGCUUCCGCUUCCAGAGGAUGUCCAGUGUCUCCUAUACUAACAUCGUCCCAGAUCCCCCAGUUGUGAGCAUGCCUGACACGGUGAAGGGCUUUUACAUGCAGCCUGCCGCCAUUGGCUGCUCAGUGCAGAGCGACAUUCCCUACAGGCUCCGAUUCACCAGGAGCGGGAUCACGCUGGGAGAGGAGAAGCUCUUUCAGAACUCUGCCUUUGCAUCAUGGGAUAUUGCUCAUGCGUCAGGUGACGAUGAAGGUGUGUACGAGUGUAUAGUACAGAGCAGCGUGGGACAGGGACGGGCCUUAACGCAGCUAAGUGUUCAAGACCCCCCUCCGGUCCUGAAGCCUGCGGCGAAUGUGACUUCCUCCGUGGGCGGUGUGGCGGUGCUGUCCUGUCAGCUGGAAGGCUCCAUGCGUCACAACUUGACAUGGCACCGAGCGGGUCGUACCAUCCGGGCCCGCGCGGGGAGAGUGAGGCUGCUGCCCGACUCGUCCCUGCAGAUCGGCGGGGUUAGGGCUGAGGACGGCGGAGAGUACCAGUGCGUGGCCACCAAUCCCCACGGCGAGAGCAGGAUCACGGUGUGGCUUCACAUCCCAGAGGCUCCUUCUGUGGUAGUCCACCCUCAGACUCAAGUGUUCUCCCGCGGGGAUGAGAUCCGCUUGGUCUGUUCGGCGUCCGGCUCCCCCCCUCCCCGACUCUCCUGGAGACAUGGAAACAUGCUCCUAACUAAUCGGCCGAGGUUGAGUCUAAACCAUUACGGAGAUUUGACCAUUAGAGGGGCCGUCCCAGAAGAUGCUGGGAACUACACUUGUCUGGCAACCAAUGAGGCUGGGUCUGGCUCCCAGUCUGUGUCGCUGACUUAUACAGAGGUGCCGAGACUAACGGUGGCCCAGCAUGUUGUACUUGUAUCUGUUGGGGGUGAUGCGACUCUGGCAUGUCAGGCCACAGGUAUUCCUGCUCCCCUUGUCCACUGGUUUAAAGGUGAGCUCGAGCUGGGCUCUGCUCCUUUUGUGGAGCAGGAUGUACACCGGGGCACCUUGCACAUUCGAGGCGUGCAGGAGGUUGACGCCGGGCAGUAUAAGUGCGUGGCGAGCAGCUCUGCCGGCACCUCAGCUGGCACGGUCAGUCUGCAGGUUGGAGCGGGGCCAUUGUUCUCCGAGGCGCCAGCUGAUGUGACGGCUAACAUAGGGGAGAACAUCACCCUCCGCUGCAGCCCCCGCGGUUACCCGCAGCCGACGGUGACCUGGCGCAAACCGAACGGCAGCCAAACCCUUGCCGGGACAGACAGCCGCAGCAAAACAAUACAAAUGGAGAGUGGGCAUCUUCUAAUUCAGAGCGUAUGGCUGGAGGAUGAAGGACUAUACAUCUGCGAGGCCAAGAACCAGUUUGGGGCCAUCGAAGCUGAGGCCAGAGUUAGUGUCAUUGGACUGGAGCCCCCCGUUUUGGCCCAGGCUCCCCCAAUCAUCACCACUGGCAUUGACCAGUCCCUCAGCAUCCCUUGUAUGCUGCUGGAUGGAAUACCUCUUCCAGAGAGACACUGGUCCAAAGAUGGAAAACCGGUCCAGAUGAAUGGAAGGAUGUACCAGAGGAGUGAUGGCAGUUUGUACAUUGAAAAAACAAUCCCAGAGGACAUUGGGACGUAUGUCUGCACUGCAGUGAAUGUAGCAGGCUCCAUGAACAUCACUGUCAGCCUGGAGGUCCACGUGCCCCCAGAGAUCGGUGAUGGUCCAUACCACUAUAUUGCCAACGAGGGUGUAGCCAUCACACUGGCAUGUGAGGCCAGUGGAGUUCCCAAACCAAAUGUUGCAUGGUCCAAGGGGAGGCAGCCUUUGCUAAAUGACCACUCCUCCCUUCAGCUUGAUUCUGACAGACACCUGCACAUCCCCCACCCCACUGCCCUGGAUGCAGGCAUCUACAUGUGCACUGCCACCAGUUCUGCAGGCUACGCUAGCAAGGAGAUUCAGCUCAGUGUCAACACAAUGCCAAAGGUAAUGGGUGUGAGUGGCCAUGACAACGUUGUAAAGAUGGCUGCAGAGGUGGGAACUGAGGUGGUUCUCCCCUGCGAGGCUCAGGGAAGUCCUUCUCCUCUCGUCACUUGGAGCCGCAACGGGUAUCCCAUCCCCCCCGUCACGGCUGGGUUCACUGUUUUGCCUUCAGGCUCUCUGAGGAUCACUGAUGCUCGCCUUAUUGAUAGUAAACUGUACACGUGCACUGCAGAGAACCCAGCAGGCAAUGUGUCCCUGAGCUACGAUUUACACAUUCAAGCAAAGCCCAGGAUCCAGCCAGCCCCCUCCCUCCUGAAAGCGCUGCUGGGACAGGCCGUGACUCUGCCUUGUGUGGUCCAAGGAGAGCCCAGCCCCGAGAUCAGCUGGUUUCACAAUGGGCAGCCUGUUGGCGUGAAGAACGUUACGCCCCUGAGGAUCCAGAGGGUCAGCUCGGCUGACCAGGGAACCUACCAGUGUGUGGCCAAAAAUAGUGCCGGACAGGAGACCUUGGAGAUACUGCUAGAAAUUCUUGAGGUGCCGUCCUUUGCAGUGCCUGGAGAUACCAUCAUGGAGAAAACAGCAAACAGCAAGGUGAUCAUCCCUUGCCGUGCUGAAGGUUCACCUCGUCCCAAGAUACGCUGGUUCAAGAAUGGCUUGGAGAUACACCCUGAACAUUCAGAGUUCUCCGUGGCGAGGGACGGAGCUCUUGUAAUUAGCAAAGCAUCUGCCAGCCACAGUGGGGACUUCAAGUGCGUGGCAACAAAUGAGGCAGGCUCUGUAGAGAGAAAGACUAGGCUAAAAGUAAAUGUUCCCCCAGAGAUCCAAGAUGACGGCCAGCCACUGAAUCUCACUGUCACCUUGAAGCAGCCUCUCACUCUGGGCUGCGACGCCUUUGGGAUCCCCUCCCCAUCAAUCACCUGGACUAAAGAUGGUCAUCCUGUGGACAGCCCUGGGGUGUAUGUGCAGAACGGGAAUAGGCUGCUCAGGAUCUACAGAGUUCAGCCUGAACAUGCAGGACAGUUUGCCUGCACGGCUCAAAACUCAGCGGGAGAGGCACGGCGACAAUACAAUAUCGUGGUGGAAGCUCCACCAGUGAUCUCAGGAGCAUCCCAACUGCAGGAGCUGACUGUGUUGCAGGGCCAGGAGGUGGAGUUCCUCUGUCGGGUUCAAGGACGACCAGUGCCCCGAGUGGAAUGGAGCCGUGAUGGAGAGGUUCUGUCCCGUGAUGGGGACCCUCAUGUGGAGUUUCUGGAAGAUGGCCAGGUGUUGAAGGUGAAGUCAGUCAGGCUGAGGGACCAGGGGCUUUACCAGUGUCUGGCAAGGAACAAUGCAGGGACUCAGAUGCGCCAAUUCAGACUCACAGUGCAAGAUCCCCCCACCAUCAAGGGGACGAACAAGACCUCGGACAUAUCAGUGGUGUUGGGAUUUCCCACAGUGCUCCCCUGUGAUGUUGAGGGCUCGCCUACUCCUAGCAUCACAUGGCUGAAGGACAAUCAGCCCAUCGUGUCCUCUCCCCAGCUGACCUACAGUCGUGGUGGACAGGCGCUACGCGUGGGCUCAGCACAGGGAGACAGCAGCGGCCUCUACACCUGCAGGGCCACCAAUCCAGCCGGCUCGGCAGUUAAACACUAUUCUCUCAGUGUUUUAGUCCCACCACAGAUAGAAGGAGACUCCUCAUCCUUUACAUUUGCUGGUCAGGAGGAGAAAGUGCGCAUAAAUGGGAGUUUAACUUUGUCCUGCUUGGCCAAAGGUUUCCCCGAGCCUGACGUUAACUGGUUCAAAGAUGGACAGUUGCUGACUGGAAGCAAGCAUGCCGGCGUUCAGGAGAGCGGUUACUUCCUCCACAUAGAGAAUGCCAUGCUGUCCCACGAGGGGCAGUACACCUGUGUGGUCACCAACUCUGCAGGAGAGGACAAAAGAGACUUCCGUGUUACAAUUCAGGUGCCUCCAAUCUUCCACCGACUGACCAAUAGAGAAGCAGCCUGGAGUCUGGGACACGAGGGGGAUGAGAACAAUGACGAGAUGGUAGAAAAACGUGAGGUUGUCUUGGGGCAUUCAGUGACGCUGACCUGCGAGAGCAAUGCCAUUCCUCCACCGAAGCUCAGCUGGUUCAAGGAUGGACGGAAACUCACCUCUGCGAAUGGAGUGGUGUUACUUCCAGGAGGACAAGUGCUACAGAUCUCUCGCGUGCAACAGGAAGAUGGUGGAAAGUAUACGUGCCAGGCCGUUAAUGAGGCAGGGGAGGACCACAUGCAUUUUGAACUGGAUAUUCUUGUCCCUCCUGUGGUUAUGGGAGCAUCGGAUUUUAUGGAGGAAAUGGGAUCGGUGGUCAACAGCACUGUGGUUUUACACUGUGACGUGACGGGAUACCCAGCUCCAGUCAUCUCCUGGCUGAGAGACGGGCAGCCGGUACACACAGACUCCCAGCAUCGCAUCAGUGAGGACGGGGCUCAACUCCAGCUCCUACAUGUCCAGGUUUCAGACAUGGCUGCGUACUUGUGUGUGGCUGAGAAUAAGGCUGGGACAGUUGAAAAGCUGUUCAGUCUGACUGUGCAAGUGCCUCCUAGAAUAACAGGCUCAAAAGAAGAGGAGGUGAGCGUGCUCGAGGGCCACAUGGUAUCCCUGCUGUGUGACGUGCAAGCGUAUCCUCCGCCAGAGAUCACCUGGACCAGAGAUGGGCAGCUUCUCCAUUUCAGCACAGGGAUUAAUAUCCUGCCAGGUGGCCAGAUUUUGCAGUUGCCUCGGGCGAGACUGGAAGACGCAGGGCAAUAUGUGUGCACUGCCAGCAACUCGGCGGGGCAGGACCAGAAGAGCAUUCUCCUCAGCGUUGUCGUGCUGCCCACCCUAAAGCCCCUGCUUGACACCGAGUCAGACUCAGUCACCCCUCAGGUCGGCUCCUCUGUCACCUUGCGGUGUGAGGCCCGCGGCGUUCCUGAGCCGGAGGUCACUUGGUACAAGAAUGGGCUGCAACUAGCGGCAGGGAACGGGCUGAAGAUGGAUCAUCACCAGCUGGAGAUCAUAGGAGUUCAGACCACAGAUGGCGGUACAUACACUUGCAAAGUGUCCAAUGUGGCUGGACAGGUGGACAGGGCGUUCAGGUUGAUGGUUCAUGUUCCACCGAUUCUUGACGGGCCUCCGCGGGAGUUCGUGAAUUACACUCUAGGUUCCCAUGUGGCCCUUCUGUGUGAGGCAACGGGAGUACCUGUCCCCAGCAUCACUUGGCUCAAGGAUGGAACCCCCAUCGAGAGCAGCCUGCAGUGGCAGUGGUCCAUUCGAGGUAACAGGCUGGAGCUGGGCCCUCUCAGUCUUUCUCAUGCUGGGACGUACACGUGUGUGGGCAAAAACAGUGAGGGCCAAACACAGAAGGACUACACCCUCGUGGUGCAAGUAUCCCCCACCAUUGUAGACUCCGGCCAAACAUCUGAUGUGAGUGCACCCACUGGGGAGCAGCUGACCCUGGAGUGCAGAGCCAGUGGCAUCCCUACGCCCCAUCUCAGCUGGCUGAGAGACGGAGCCACUCUCAAGGAAUCAGACACCCGUCACAUCUCUGCCACCCCUGAUGGAAGCAAACUGACCUUACUGAAGCUUAGUCCUGAGGAUUCUGGGACAUACACGUGCCUGGCCGUCAGCCCGGCGGGCCAGGAAAGCAAAAUCUACAAUCUCUUUGUUCUAGUUCCUCCAUCAAUUUCUGGGGAGACGACGGUCCCCAGAGAGGUGCAGGUCACCCAGGACAGCGUUGUAACGCUGGAGUGUCAGGCGGCAGGAAACCCCCCGCCCCAGAUCAGCUGGCUGAAGGACGGCCACCCUCUGCUGCUGUCUCCUCGCACACGUCUCCUCUCCGGUGACGCCCUGCUGAGGAUUUCUCCGGUCCAGCUGUCUGAUUCUGGAGUUUACACAUGUGUGGCCCGCAGUCGAGCUGGUCUCGCUGAGCUCAGCUACGAUGUCCAAGUCCAAGUGCCCCCUGGCGUGGAUCACGUUGAACCAGUGGAGCCGGUUACAGUGGUCCAGGGAUCCUUGGUGACGCUGACCUGUGAGGCGCGUGGUGUUCCCCCUCCCACACUGACCUGGAUGAAGGAUGACCAGCCACUCUCUCUUCACCGCAACCUGUUGCUGGAUGGACAGGAAACGCGUCUGCAGCUGCCUGACGUGGCUCCUGCAGACGCAGGCCUCUACAGCUGCGUGGCCAGUAACCAGGCUGGAAGCAGCACCAAGAGCUUCAACCUCACUGUGCUCGAACCUCCAAAAGUAACCAGCUCCAGCUCUCCAGAUGAACUUACCAUAGCAGUAAACAGUGCUCUUGAGCUGGAGUGCUCUGCUGUCGGAGUCCCACUCCCAACCCUCAGCUGGCUCAAGGAUGGUCGCCCCUUGGAGCAAGCUGACAUCGUACAGCAGGAUGGACACUUUGUCCGGAUCAGCAAAGUUCAGGUGGAGGACGCAGGUCUGUACACCUGCUUGGCCAGCAGCCCGGCUGGAGAGGAUGGAAAAAACCACUGGGUCAGAGUCCAAGUCCCACCGAUGCUUCUUGGCUCUGGUGAUGUGAGGACAUUAACAGUUCCAGUGAAUGGACACCUGACCUUAGAGUGUGUGGCUGACAGUGACCCCCCCCCUAACAUAGAGUGGUACAAGGAUGAAGUCAAACUGCAGCUGGGCGGUCGUAUCCAGCGGCUGGCUGGAGGUCAAUACCUGGAGAUCGAGGAAGUCAGGCCUGAGGACAGCGGGCAGUACAGCUGCGUGGUUACCAAUAUGGCCGGGAGCAACAAUCUCUUCUUCACUGUGGAGAUUGUCUUGCCACCAGUAAUAAAGGACAGCUCUUCUGUGGUGACCGUACAUCUCGGCCAAGAUGCAGUUUUACCUUGUGAAGUUGUAGGGGACUCAUUGCCUGCAGUCAUGUGGAGAAAGGACGGCCUCAUCCUGCCUAAAGAUAACAAUAAGUUCACAAUGCUGUCAGAAGGCUCCUUGCAAAUACACGGAGCCCAGGUAACUGAUGCUGGCCGUUACUACUGCACAGUGUCCAACCAGGCUGGCUCCGAUCACCGGGGAAUGGAUCUUCGUGUAUUUGUGGGUCCUUCAAUCAGUCCAGGUCCAUUAAACAUCACAGUAAACACAGGGAUCAGAGCUGUGCUGAGCUGUGAGUCAACAGGAAUACCGCAGCCUAAAGUAUCCUGGAAGAGGAAUGGCACUCCACUUGAUAUUAGCCAGCAGCCUGGUGAAUAUAGGUUACUGUCCUCUGGGUCUCUGGUUCUUUUGUCUCCAUCCAGUGAAGAUGAAGGCUACUUUGAGUGCACUGCAGUCAAUGAUGUUGCAGAGGAGCGUAGGGUCAUCACAGUCAUCUUGCAAGUUCCACCAUCUAUAGAGGAUGACAUCACAGCGGUUAAGGCUGUGAAGAUGUCUCCUGCAGUGUUGCCUUGUCACGUACAAGGACGGCCUCACCCCACUGUCAGCUGGACAAAGGGGGGAGCCAAACUGAACAGCAGAGGAGGAAGUUAUCGUGUCCUUCCCACAGGAAUGUUGGAAAUUACUGCUGCCUUGCCAAGUCAUGCUGGCAGAUACACGUGCUCAGCCCGAAACCCAGCUGGAGUGGCCCACAAACACAUCUCUCUCACAGUUCAAGAGCCACCAGAGAUUAGGCCAAUGGCAGAGGAAGUCCAAGUGGUGCUGCAUCACGGAACCGUACUUCCCUGUAAUGUCCAAGGCUUCCCCAGACCUUCAAUCAGCUGGCAAAGAGAAGGAGUUCCCAUAGCAACAGGUCACAGGAUGGCUGUACUCUCAAAUGGAGCUCUGAAGUUUUCUCGGGUGACACUUGGUGAUGCAGGGACCUACCAAUGCUUGGCAAAGAAUGACGCCGGUGUAGCUGUAGGAAGAACCAAGCUGAUCCUUCAAGUUCCACCGGUGCUGAGCGUGCCUCGUGUGGAGUACAGUGCGGUGUUGGGCCUGCCCGUCAGUCUGGAGUGCAUGGCAGAUGGGCAGCCUCAGCCUGAAGUUACUUGGCAAAAAGAGAGGAGGCCUAUUGUUGAUGGUGCUCACAUACAUGUAUUUUCCAAUGGAACCCUGGCAAUCACUUCCACCCAACGCAGCGAUGCAGGGCUGUACACGUGCACUGCCAAGAACCUGGCUGGCAGAUCCAGCCAUGACAUGAGACUGCUUGUUCAAGUCCCGCCCGUGAUUCCCCCGGGGCAGACAGAACUGUCCGUCAUCCAGGGGUUUCAGGCCCUUCUGCCCUGCGCUGCUCAGGGUUCACCAGAGCCUCGAGUGUCAUGGGAGAAAGACGGUGCCAUUGUGCCCAACUUCCCUGGUAAAUUCACCGUUCUACGAUCGGGAGAGCUGAUUAUUGAGAGGGCUGAGCCAGGAGAUGCUGGUGCGUUCACAUGUGUGGCCACCAACCCUGCAGGCUCUGUCAGACGAGAUAUCCGCCUGUCAAUCAACAUGAGGCCUGCCUUCAAAGAGCUGCCAGGUGACGUGACCCUGAACAAAGGACAGAGCCUGGCUCUACCCUGCCACGCGCAGGGAACACCUUCUCCCAUCAUUUCCUGGACUGUCAACAACAGUCCUUAUGAAGGAGCUACAGUAGAUGAGGCCGGCAGGAGCUCAGUCCUCAUCGACAAUGUGACCCUGAGUGAUGCCGGGAUGUACGUGUGUGUAGCAGAAAACAGCGUGGGUUCGAUUAGAGCACUGUCCUUUGUCCGGAUCAGAGAGCCUCCGGUAUUGAAGGGUGAAGCCCACAUGUCCCAGACAGUCCUCCAAGGUGGCUCUGCAAAGCUCGACUGUCCAGUCCAUGGAGAUCCCGCCCCCGUCCUCCGGUGGCUCAGAAAUGGGAAACCCUUGCCCCGGCUGCUCCGGACGCAAACGCUUCACAACGGAUCCUUGGUCAUUUACAGCAUCACUGCUGCAGAUGAAGGAGAGUACCAGUGUUUGGCUGAGAGUGAGGCUGGAACGGCUGAGAGGACCAUUACUCUCAAGGUCCAGAUCAAUGGCGGUUACUCUAACUGGGAGGAGUGGGGUCCCUGCAGCAGCACCUGCGGACAAGGCCAUCAAGAAAGAAUCAAAUUCUGCAACGAUCCAGAACCGGCCAACGGUGGGCGAUCCUGCAGCGGCCCGAGCGCUGAUACCAGGACAUGUCAGUCCGGUCUGUGUCCAGGUGAAGUUCCACGCAGAACCAGAGGCAGUCUGAUAGGAAUGAUGAAUGACAGGGAGUUCGGCGUGUCUUUCCUGGAGGCCAACAUUACCGACAACAUGGAGGAGGGCAGCAGCACUCUACAGGGACGCCUGGAUAACGUCCCCCCCACUGUGGGUCCCCUGCUGCGUUCGUUGGUGUCUGUGUUUACGCCCAUCUACUGGACCACUGUGCUGCAGAGCGGAGCCGCCAGAAACGGCUUCUCCUUCACACAGGGCCAGUUCAGACAGGAGUCUCAGCUGGAGUUUGACACUGGGGAGAUCCUUCGUUUGACCCACGUUGCCAGAGGUCUGGACGCUGAAGGAGUUUUGCUAAUUGACAUUGUGGUAAACGGAUUUGUUCCUCCAUCAUUGGCAUCAUCUCACCUGAACCUCCAAGAGUUUGAUGAGUCAUAUCUGCAGACAGGCCAGGGGCAGCUGUACUCGUGGUCAUCGCAGAGCCAUCAGAGAGGAGCAAGUCCCUUAGUGCUGCGCUGCAAUCACACCAUCAUAUACGAGGGCCAGGAGGAGCGCCAGGGCCCUGCGCUCCAACUGCUCAAGGUUUCGGGAAUGAAGAAUGUCUACAAUAUAUUUACCCUCACUCUGGACUUCCAUAUUACUACCAACCUUCUAAUACCAGAUGGUUAUGAAGACAGAUGCCCUAAAGGUUUCAGUCUUGACGAAGUCUCCUACUGCGCCGAUGAAGAUGAGUGUGCGUUGCAGUCCCCCUGCUCUCAUUUAUGCAACAACAUCAUGGGAGGCUUCUCCUGCGCCUGCCCAUCUGGUUUCACCAUUUCUACAGACACCAACACGUGCCAAGACAUCGAUGAGUGUUCCCAAGGCUCCAACAUGUGUCACUACAACCAGCAGUGUGUCAACACGGUGGGCACUUACCGCUGCCAGGCCAAGUGUGGAGCAGGAUUUAAGCCCAGCAUCACAGGAACCAGCUGUGAAGAUGUGGACGAGUGCCAAGAGUCUGCCGUGUCCCCGUGCCAGCAUCAGUGCCUCAAUACUCUGGGCUCCUACCGCUGUAUUUGCCAUCCUGGAUACCAGCUCUCUGGAAAUCGCUGCAUUGACGUCAAUGAGUGCAUGAGGAAUGUGUGCCCGGCUCACCAGCAGUGCCGCAACACAGAGGGAGGAUACCAGUGUUUUGACAGUUGCCCAGCUGGAAUGACCACAGCAGAGAGCGGAGCCUGCGUGGACAUUGACGAGUGCCAGGAUGGAAGUCACAUGUGCCGCUACACGCAGAUCUGUCAGAACACAGUCGGAGGUUAUGGAUGCAUUUGUCCCAGAGGUUACAGAUCUCAGGGUGUCGGGCUUCCCUGCUUGGACAUUGAUGAAUGUCUGCAGACGCCAAACCCUUGCGCCUACCAGUGCCGUAACGUGCCUGGCAGCUUCCGGUGCAUGUGCCCUCCUGGGACCUUCCUGCUGGGAGACGGGCGCUCCUGUGCGGGGCUGGAGAGAGGCCAAACCUUCAUCAACGGCACCGGCAUCAGGGCCAGGCUGCGUCCCCAACUGGUGUCAACUCGCGGCAGGCCAAUCCUUUCCCGUUCUCACGGGGUAUCUCGAAUCACCAGACAGAGCUGUCCUGCAGGGUACACCAACAAAGAAGGCACUUGUGUCGAUGUGGAUGAGUGUCUGUUCAGAAAGCCAUGCCAACAUGAGUGCAGAAACACCAUUGGCAGCUUCCAGUGUCUGUGUCCUCCAGGAUACCAGCUCCUACCCAAUGGCAAAAGCUGUAAAGAUAUUGAUGAGUGUGUUGAACAAGGCAUUCAGUGUGGACACAAUCAGAUGUGUUUUAAUACCAGAGGAGGCUACCAGUGUCUGGAUACACCCUGCCCCGCAUCCUACCAACGUGGAGGAAGCCCUGGGACCUGCUACAGGCCCUGCUUGCGGGACUGCGCCGCUGGCUCUCCUCUGCUCCUGCAGUACAAGCUGCUGACGCUUCCCUCCGGCAUACCGGCCAAUCACAACGUGGUACGACUGUCAGCCUUCUCUGAGUCGGGCAUCCUGCAAGAGCGUACAUCCUUUUCGAUACUUGAGCAAGAAUCAAAGACGGGAGUGAUGGGCAGAGUGUUUGGCAUCAAAGACGAGGCUGGGAGGGGAAUAAUCUUCACUGUGCGGGCUCUAGAUAGAGCUGGACUGGUGCGGCUCAAGGUGCAGGCCACCACUAUGUCACUACAGGGUCGCAUUACAUACCAGAGCAUCUUCAUCAUCUACAUCUCCAUCUCAGUGUACCCCUACUGAUAUGACACGCUACUUUGUAGAUGACUCUGUCCUCCUGAAGCGUUUGGAUACCUCUCCUUCACAAGACACAGGCACAAAACUCUUCACCUUGGACCAAUUAGGCUAUGCAAAAACCUUCAACGUACGAGAUAAGGUGAAGAAGGACAGUGAGUGGAUCUCAUGAAGAUAUGUUCUCUGGUUUGUGACUCGCAUGUCAGAGUGAGAAAGAAAAAGUCCUGAGGGAUGGUUGAUUAGAUUACAGAGCUGAGCAUCCAUUAGCGAGGACACCUGAACUGAAAAACUUGCAAAAUCCUUUGAUCAGAAUCAGAGUCAGAAUCAGAGUCAGAAUCAGGUUUUAUUGGCCGAGUCAGGUCAAACAAGACAGGGGAUUUGACUCGGUUAUUUUCGCUCACUGUACUGUAUUGAUUUUUGGGGGAGUAAAAAUGGCGAGAGUGAGUCUUCCUAAUACAUGUCUGAAAAAUGCAGAAUGGUAAAAGUAUAUUGAAUACCAAGCACUGAAGUUAUUUAGUGUUUAUCAAGAACUUUAAGGUUUGUUUUGUUCAGAAUGGUCUGCUACUUGCCAUGUUGUAUUUUUUUUAUUCUAAUGCCUCAUCAAUUUUGGGACUAAUAUUUUUUAUAUACAUAUAUAUAUAUAUAUAUAUAUAUAUAUAU